AUGCCCAUCACAUCCCCAACACUCGUUCCCCGCCCUCCAAUCAUCCCCCUCGUCCUCCCGCGCGCACCCCAAGUAAACCCAACACCACUCCCCAAACUCGAUCGCUACCCCGGGCGCAUGGACACCCGACGCGAUCUUCAACGCGAAAUUGACGAUCUUUCAGACGAGGAGAAUGAACUUGAAGAUUCCAACUUGGGGAUAAGGAAUCGAGGGUUCCAGUGGCUCGUUCCUAUUGGGCGGAGUACGACGCAAUUGGAAGAGAAGAACGAGGCAGAAGACGAUUCCGAUGGUUCUGAUACCGGCCAAUCAGGCGGCGGCCCUUCUAUUAACGAGGAUGGCGAGGAGAACGACGAUUCAGGAGCAGAUCUGGACGCAAGCAUGGAAGAUCUGGAUGAUGAGGGUGAGACAGGGACAGCGAGUGAAGCGGAGGAUGCGAAUGAUAUGACGGAUGAUUUUGAGGAGAGGUCGAGCGAUGCUUGA